GAUAAUGAUAGUUGCUGCCAAUAACGCUUCGUGCGUGGAGUGGAGUCAGUGGUGGUGUGAAACGUCAGUUCGUCAGCAGCAGUAACAACAAUCAUGAACGAAACUACUGACGCUCGUGUAGAGAUUUACGAUGAUUAUGGAGUGGAAGGGGAAAUGUCGAUUCCUAAUCAAGGAAGAAGCCAAACAUUAGGAGAACCAGAUUUUAAUACAUUGGAUGAACCUAUAAGAGAUACUGUGCUUCGGGAUUUAAAAGCUGUUGGAACUAAGUUUUAUCAUGUGCUAAUACCAAGAGAAAAAAAGAGCUUGUUAAAAGAAUGGGAUCUCUGGGGCCCGCUUUUAUUAUGCACGUUUAUGGCUAUGAUAUUACAGGGGUCUGCUGAAAGAGACUCUAAUGAUGGAGGACCAGAAUUUGCCGAGGUGUUUGUCAUAGUUUGGAUAGGUUCAAUGAUUGUGACUUUAAACUCUAAGCUGCUGGGAGGAAACAUUUCAUUCUUCCAGAGUGUUUGUGUUCUUGGAUACUGUUUACUACCUACAGCAAUGGCUCUCAUUGUAUGUAGGGUGAUGCUCCUUUAUCCCCAAACCAAUCUGCUUUUCAUAAUACGGUUUCUGUUCACGAUUGUUGGCUUUGUGUGGGCUACCUAUGCCUCAACUGCUUUCCUGGGUGAUAGUCAGCCUGUGGGCAGGAAAGGUCUUGCCAUGUAUCCAAUAAUCUUAUUUUAUUUUGUUGUCUCAUGGCUUAUCAUCUCUCACACAGCUUCAUGAUUUGAGGUGUGAUGCCUCUCUUGCCUAGCACAUAUUUCAAAUUUAUUACUGAGAGAAGAGCUAUGCUA